AUGGCCAAUAAAUCAAGACCGAAACAGGCAAGGGCUCCAUAUCGGAAGUAUGUUGCUGGUGAAGGUUUCAGUAAAGUAAUGCUUUCAAGGAAAAGUUAUAAAGAUCAAAAGAAAGCGAACAAUAGUUAUGGUACUUCUAAAGAUCUUGAUGACGAUGGUGAAGAAGAAAAUGAAAUAAAGUAUCAUAUUAUUAAAGAUGCAUCUGGAAAGACUUAUUACAUGUAUGAUACAAGUAAUAGUAAUGACCAUUUAGAAAAGACACCUGAGAUUCCUGCAGACAUAAUAUGUAAGGAAGAAUAUGGUGAUAAAGGAGAUACACUUAUAAUACGACAGAAACCAAUAAUGAAGAUGAAACUUCCAUGGGAAAUUCAAAAUUUAAUAUUGAAGUAUACAGAGGAGAUUGAUAUAGAUUACUUGGUGGUAUGUAAAGUGUGGUAUGUCAUGUGUUUGCCCUUACUAUAUGCUAAGCCUGAAUUAAAUAGCAAGAAUUUUAACAAAUUUAUAACAUCAAUAAUAGUGGAUAGGAAAAAAGUUUUUGGUCAAUAUAUUAAAGAAUUGGAUCUUUCUACAAUUUUACAAAGUGGACGGAAUUCAUAUGUAUCGAAAUUACUAAGGCGUUGUUCUAGUAGUCUAGAAAGAUUCACUGCACCUCAGACAAGUUUUGGGUAUGCUCCACUAAUAUCGUUGAAAUCAUGUCAUCAACUUCGAUAUUUGGAUCUAGGUUUAGUCUCUGAAACGGUUAAAUUAAAGGAUUUAUUUGCAGCGAUCAAGAAUUUUAAAUAUUUAACUCAUUUAGCAUUUCCAAGAAGUUCUGUCGAUUGUGAAGGGUUUCGAGAAUUUGUUUGGCCUCAAAAUCUUUUAUAUUUAAAAUUAAGUGGUGGUAUUACAAAUGAAUUUGUUAUAGAUACAAUGUGGCCCCAUACAAUUAAGAUUCUUGAGUAUUCUUUUUGCCCCAAGAUUAAUGAAAAUGCAAUAUAUACAAUGCUUUCACAAAUUGGUGAUAAUUUGACCCACCUUUAUUUUCAUUAUCCCAUGCCUGCAUUAAGAGAUAAUUCGCUAGAUUUUAUAUUCAGAUAUUGUACACAUUUAGUGACUGUACAAUUAAUGGUUGACUACACAUCGAAAUGGGCAUUUUCAGAUGAAAUGUUGAUUCCAAUAUUUGACUUCAAGAGACCCCUAAGAACAAUAUUCCUAGAGAGCAGUGGGACAUUGGGUAUGGCGUCUAAGAUCCAUCCAGAUGAUUUCACUAUAGCGCUGUUGGAACAUCGAUUACCAAGUCUAAAAUACAUUCGGUUGUCGCCCAGACUUGGAUGGGAUAUAAAAAGCGAAGAUGUUUCUGACUUGGUGAAUGCAUUAGAAGAACAAGACGGUAGUUUAUACGUUGGGAACCCAUAA